GUCCAAUGGCAGCUUUUUAGGAGCUAAGGAUAAGUUAUUGUAGGGGUUUUCUGUUCACAACAUUUCAUCAAGACAGUGUCAAGCGAGCAAGAGACUUCGAGGGAAGGAGAAGUGAUUUCCUAACAGCUCAUACUUGGCCAGAGCUGUUCCUGGUAUUAUGAAUCAAGAAAGUUAUUUGCGUCCAGGAGAUGACAGAGAACCAUCUGUCCUCAUUGGUCGGGCGUUGCUGAGGCUCCGGGAUGCUGUUGUCAUGGCGAUGUCACGUGCCCGUCAGACGGUCAUACAGACCAUUGUUGUGUUCUCUAUGGUCUUCCUGCUCCUCUGGAUUGCUGCCUUUUUAUAUGGGAGCUUCUAUUACUCCUACAUGCCCACGGCAGCAUUUUCCACACCUGUGCACUAUCACUACAGGACAGACUGUGAAUCUCCUGCCUCUUUUCUGUGCUCUUAUCCAGUCGCCAACGUCUCUCUGAUGAAGAACAAGAAGCACGUGCUGACAUUCGGCCAGGCCUAUCGGAUCUCCCUACAGCUGGAGAUGCCUGAUUCUCCGUCCAAUCGGGAGCUGGGCAUGUUCAUGAUCAAGACAGUCUGUUUCUCUCGGGAUGGAGGCCAAGUUGCCUCCUCUGCUCGCUCUACAAGACAACUGCUGUCCGCCACCAGCUCUCGCUUUAGCAUGCUGCGAUACCGUUCAGACCUGCUGAGGCACCUGGGAACGCUGCUCUUCCUCCCAGCCUUUCUGAGUGGAGCCGCUGAGCAGAAACAAAUGCUGGAGGUGGAGCUCUUCUCAGACUACACAGACGACCCUUAUAUCCCCUCGGUUACGGCCGUCAUUGAGAUCCUGUCCAACAAAGUGCAGAUCUACUCGUCUCAUCUUUACAUUUAUGCACAUUUCACUGGCAUUAGAUACUUGUUGUUCAACUUCCCUCUCCUAUCUGCCCUGGUGGGUGUGUCCAGUAACUUCAUCUUCCUCAGUCUCCUCUUCCUCCUCAGCUACAUGAGGCUGCUGUUGAGCGUGGAAUGGGCUCCAACGCAGCUCAGAACAGAUGGAUUGCUGUCAGAUAGGGAAAUGAACAUGAGCAACAACCAGCAAGAGGAUGAAAAGGAUGCUGUUGCAGGUGCUGCAGAGCUGCUGGGUCCCCUCCAGAUAACCCCCACAAAUCUGAGUCAGGAGAAGCCCCAUUUGCACUUUGGCUAUGGCACAGAGGUGCACAACAGAGAGAUACAUGGUCAGAUUGAAGUAAAUGAAUCAGGGGCAGCCUGAGGCUAUUAAUAAUGGAGAAGGGGGAACUGUGGAGAGCCAUCUUGAUAGCAAGAUGCAAGGAUGAAGAUUUAAGAGAAAUAUAUGGCUGAGAAUGAAAGAAAGCAUUGAUAUGGCACUGACAAAUAUGCUGGGGGAUGACCUGAGCUGCUCUGUUUGAGCUGCCUGUCACUGGUGCUUCAGCUUUAAUAUUAGGACCCUGUGAUUUAGGGAACUAACUACAAAUCUGUCAUUAUCAGUGCCCAUUUAUUACCUUUAUUAGACAUUAUUAAAUAAAUAAGCAUGUGAAUAUGAACAGAGACCAAAUAUGUAAUGUAACCUUGAAUUUUUUAAACUCAAGAGAAUAUUGUAAAUUGUCAUUUCAUCCUGCUUCUUUUCACAGUACCAUAGUUUUUUGCAGGUCAUUUUAUUUAAUUCCAUUGUUUUUUUUAUUUCAGAAGUUCUUUCAUCUGAGUUCUGUUUUUAUUUCACAAUGCAAUUUUCCCCCUUAAAGUUAAUUUUCUUUCAUAAUGACACUCCUUUGUCUCUCAGUCAAGACAAAUGGGGCAGAGCCACCGAUGUGACUCGUAUAAUGAGUGCUUAGCCAAUCUGUAUCAGUCUUGUCUUGAUUAACAGACAUAGACUUUGUGAUGAAAAGUGGUAUUAUGAAAUGAACACUCACAAGUAAAAUUGGUACUGUGAAGGAAAUAAAAAAAUAAAAAUGACCAACAGUACAACAGUGAGUGUAAUGAAAAUUGAUUUAAUAAUUUCAUAUUUUCAUAUAUAUAUAUGCUUAUUCAUUAAAAUAUUUAUUUCAUAUUUAUGUAUCUAAUAUUGAACAUUGGGUCUCCAUACGCUUGGGGUAAGUGCAUGCACAAAAAUAUAUCAAAAUACUAAACACUGACUGGCUGAAGUUCCUAUUUACCUGUUUCAGCUAAAUGUUAGAUUAUGGAGCUGUUUCUUUUAAUGCAAGUUAUAACCAUCACGCUGGCGGAAAUGUUAUUUUGUUACUUGAGCAAUUAUAAAAUUGUGAUUAAAGCAUUUGCAUCUUUUUCACUAUAUAAAAAUAUCUUUAAAAUGUACAUUACUUGUCAAUUCAUUCUAAAAGACAUUCUGUUUAACUGUUGCAAUAAAACCUGCUAAAAAUUUGUUCAUCAGACUAUU